AUGGAGGAUGGCGCCCGCGCACUAAUGAUUUUUGAAUCUGCGCAGUUCGUCACUUACCUGGCUAGUCCAUACCUAUAUCCCACAGCUUCUAUCCGCAUCCAUCAGUUGUCGGACGGAAGGUUUUGCGGCUCUAAGCGAACGUCUUGCCCUUUCUCAAAUACCUCUUGUCUACAGUCCUUUAGAGAGGUUCCAGCUUGUCUCAACAAUCUUAUCUCUAGUACAUACGAAAAUCAGACAUAUUCUGGCCUGAAUGCUUCAAAUGGAGGCUUUUCUAAUCUUUCUGUGGCUUCAUCUCAGGUGCAACAGCAUCAGAAAAGCAGCUUUGCUACUAACUUUGUUAUCGGAGCUGGGGUCGUAGCCUCAGUGAAUCAGACGGCAGCUGCCGGUUCUGUUUAUUACACUGCACCUGCACAGGUCUCUCGAUCUUCUAACCUUCGCCGCGGUAGCACAGCCCGACGCCAUCUCUCGCCAGUCCAACUCCAAUGUGUGGGCAGCUGUUUGGUACCGGAAGCAGCUAAGCUAAGGGCUGACCUUAUGACUGGCCCUGCAGCUUAUGUUCUUCAUUGGGAUACGGAGUCCCUAAUAGGUGAAAAAUAA